AUGGCGAAUCGUUCUUCAUUGCACUUGUCGCGUGCAUUUCUUUGCUGUAUUGUUGUUUUGAUAGCAACACUGGUUCUUUUUUAUUUUGAUGUGGAUGGGGUGUUUUCGUUAAUGGAUCUUUCUGCAGAAGUACGGCCUGUAGGGUUUGCGACUUCUGCACCCCGCAGCGUUAGUUUACGCAUCCAUGAUGAGUCUCUGCGCUACAUUCCACACAAUAGUGUACGCACAUGGAUGAAGAGGGACUACCUCAUCGUUCUUGGUAUCCCAUCUGAAGAUAUUACACCCCGCCAGAGACGUCGUUAUCUGCAGCGGACUACGUGCUGGCAGUUCCCCGGUGUUGCGACAAGAUCAAAUAACUUCACUGGGUCCAUGUUGGUGUUGUAUGUACUUGCACGGCACCCAUCACAGGGCUAUAACUAUUCUACUGCACUAGAGAAGGAGGGUGAUGAGUAUCAUGAUGUCAUUACACUGCCGAUGAAUGAGGGACGCUAUGCAACUAAUAAAACAAUUUCUGGUGAUGGUUUUUGGGGUAGUGAAGCUGAAAUUGGUAUGAGCCGAAAAACGUACUUUUGGUUUGAGUUUGCAUUACGUUUUUUUCCUCAUGUUAAUUAUAUUGCAAAGAGUGACGAUGACAUGUUCUUGCGAGUACCGCAAUACCUUGUUGAUCUUCGUACAUUGCCUCGUCGUGGUCUUUAUUGGGGUCCUUUAGGAAAGUGGCGUGUGGGAAAUCAUUUUUAUUUUAUUGUGGGUUUCUUUAUGACACUUGCGAGGGAUGUUGUAGAAAAGGUGGUUUCGAAUGAGGAGCUGCAGCAUGUGGUACGGCUUCCCUACAGUAAAGAGCGAGAGUCAGAAUUUCUUUCAUUAGACAUGGGUCAUGAGGACGUGAUGGUUGGCCGGGCACUGUAUAAAAGUCAGUACCCACACCUUUUGUUUGCUACAGAGAAAAAGUGUCGAUUUCACAAUGUACGCUGUGGGUCUCAUAAACGACAUAUAAGCAAGAGUUCUGUUGUGGUACAUCAUAUUACAGAGGAAGAGUAUACAAUUCUAAUGAAUCGAUUUUGGAACGACACCACGCCAUCACCUAAAUCGUAUAAACGAAAGAAAAAAUCACUUGAAAUGAAUUGUUAA